AUGAGCACCCUGGAUGAGGGCAGCAACCCUCCUGUCGCUAAAGACUGCGGCGUAGCUACUGCCGACGAUGCCCCAGGACAUCCGGACCUAAACCAGUGCCAGGGCGAGGAAACCGAGGCGACCCAGGUGAUGGCGGACACAGGUGAGGAGGGCAACUUGGAGACCCCCGCCGAGGCAGGCGCCCCCGAGAGCCCCGCGAGCUGUGCCCCUGUGUUCCGCGUUCGAGUUUUUGGGAGCCGCAGCCGUGUAGCGACCAAAUCGGGCCAGAAAGAGGGUCCGCCUCCGACGGAAGGCUUGGCAGCAGCCUCUGCUUCAGCCUCCCCCGCGGUAGCAACCGACAAUAGCCAGGAAAAUGGCUGUCAGCGUAGAGAGCCGCGGGGCCCUGCUGGGGAGAAAGCUCUAGAAGCCUGUGGCGCAGGGGGGUUGGGGUCUCAGAUGAUGCCUGGGGCGAAGGCCAAGGAAAUGACGACAAAAAAGUGCGCCGUUUCAGCGGCAACGGAAAAGGAGGGAGUAGCGGAGGAGGUGGUGGAGGAAAAGAAGGUGAUGCAGAAGGAAAAGAAGGUGGUAGGAGGAGUGAAAGAGGAGUCACGGGCCAAGGCCCCGAAGAUCAAUAACUGCAUGGAUUCCCUGGAGGCCAUCGAUCAGGAGCUGUCAAAUGUAAAUGCCCAGGCUGACAGGGCCUUCCUUCAGCUGGAGCGCAAGUUUGGCCGGAUGCGAAGGCUCCAUAUGCAGCGCAGAAGUUUCAUUAUCCAAAAUAUCCCAGGUUUCUGGGUCACUGCCUUUCGGAACCACCCCCAGCUGUCCCCUAUGAUCAGUGGCCAAGAUGAAGACAUGAUGAGGUACAUGAUCAAUUUGGAGGUGGAGGAGCUUAAACACCCCAGAGCAGGCUGCAAAUUCAAGUUCAUCUUUCAGAGCAACCCCUAUUUCCGAAAUGAGGGGCUCGUCAAAGAAUAUGAGCGCAGAUCCUCUGGCCGGGUGGUGUCUCUUUCCACUCCAAUCCGCUGGCACAGGGGCCAAGACCCCCAGUCACAUAUCCACAGGAAUCGGGAAGGAAACACUAUCCCCAGUUUCUUCAACUGGUUCUCAGAUCACAGCCUUCUAGAAUUCGACAGGAUUGCUGAGAUUAUCAAAGCAGAACUGUGGCCCAAUCCCCUACAGUACUACCUGAUGGGCGAAGGGCCUCGCCGAGGAAUUCGAGACCCAGCAAGGCAGCCCGUGGAGAGCCCCAGGUCCUUCAGGUUCCAGUCUGGCUAA